UGCUUUUUCUCCUCUCUCCCUAAAAUUCUUGGAACCGGACAGAAUAAUACUAUCUGUUUAUUCAAAAAAUAUCACCACUAUGAAAGAAUAUUCAAUUCCAAGAAAGAUCGUAAAUUCUAAAUUACACAUUAAUUGAUUCCAAAAUACAUGGAUUCUCUGGACAAGUUGUUAUAGGAAGUAUAGAGCAAGGACAGGUGUGCAGUGCAGAGCGAAUGUUUCGAGCCCUAAUUGCAAUUCACUAAAUUUCCAUUAUACAUACAUACAUUUUCAUUUUUCAGAUCAAUUUAUAUAAUAUUAUAAGAGACGAUCAGUCACCGGAGAAGACAACUUACGAUUCAGCGACUUAAUCGUUCAGAUGUCUUACGCUUCUCACAUCUUUCGUCACUCUAAACAGAUAAAAAGUGUUCCUGGAUUACUACGCUAUGAUCAUACCCUCUUGGUGCGAUGGCUUUCCAGUGCUGCACUUCCCUUCACAAAUAGCAGAGAAUAUAUUGUGAAGCUUGGUCAACUUGGUUGUGUUCCUUUAGAAAGAGACAGAGCUCGCAGUAGCUGCACUUCAACUCUGAAUUGCUAUAAUCACAGCAAGAGUGCUAUAAAUCAGUCCAUGGUAACAUUUGUAGGAAUUAAGCACAUAAAAUCUACAGGUACAAAUCUGAAAUUGGGUAGUCAAUUAGUUGGACCAGUGCUUUCCAGAGGUUUAUCAAGAUCACCGGGACAAAAUAGAAGAAGUUUUUCUAGUGGCUCAGGCCUUCCACCACAUCAAGAGAUAGGAAUGCCCUCUCUUUCUCCUACAAUGACAGAGGGUAAUAUUGCAAGGUGGUUAAAGAAAGAGGGUGAUCAAGUUUCUACUGGUGACGUUCUCUGUGAAGUUGAAACGGAUAAAGCAACUGUUGAGAUGGAAUGCAUGGAGGAUGGAUAUCUGGCAAAAAUAGUACAUGGGGAUGGGGCAAAAGAAAUAAAAGUUGGGGAGGUUAUUGCCAUUACUGUUGAAGAUGAGGGAGACAUUGCAAAAUUUAACGAUUACAAACCUUCAGAUGCUGCACCUGCCCCUAAGGAUUCUUCUGCAUCUGCUGAUUCUGCUCCACCAAAAGCAAAGAGUUCCAGCUUUCCACCACACCAAGAUAUAGGAAUGCCCUCUCUUUCUCCUACAAUGACAGAGGGUAAUAUUGCGAGGUGGUUGAAGAAAGAAGGUGAUCAAGUUUCCACUGGUGAAGUUCUGUGUGAAGUUGAAACGGAUAAAGCAACUGUUGAGAUGGAAUGCAUGGAGGAAGGAUAUUUAGCAAAAAUAAUUCAUGGGGAAGGGGCAAAAGGAAUAAAAGUUGGGGAGGUCAUUGCGGUAACUGUUGAAGAUGAGGGCGACAUUUCAAAAUUUAAGGAUUACAGACCUUCAGAUGCUGCAGGCCCUCCUAAAGAUUCUUCUGUAUCUGCUCCACCGAAAGAAGAUGUAGUUGAAAAACCUAAAAGUUCACCAAAGCCAGAAUCUUCAAAGCCCAGCGAAGCAAGGGAGAAUGGGGGUCGCAUUUUCGCUAGUCCUUUGGCUAGAAAGUUGGCUGAAGAGAAUAAUGUUUCUCUAUCAAGUAUUAAAGGAACGGGACCUGAUGGAAACAUUGUAAAAGCUGAUAUUGAAGAUUAUAUGUCUUCUCGUGGAAAGGAAGUUUCUCCUGCAUCAUCUAAAGUUGAUAAGACAGAAGUUUCAGCUUUAGAUUAUGCAGAUAUCCCUCUUUCUCAGAUAAGAAAGGUCACAGCGUCACGUUUAUUGCUCUCAAAGCAGACCAUUCCACAUUAUUAUUUGACAGUGGAUACAUGUGUUGACAAACUUAUGGAAUUAAGAGAGCAACUCAAUUCACUGCAAGAAGCUUCAGGAGGGAAGAGAAUAUCUGUCAAUGAUCUCGUAAUUAAGGCUGCUGCCUUGGCACUUCGGAAAGUUCCUCAGUGCAACAGUUCGUGGACCAAUGAUUAUAUCCGCCAGUACCAUAAUGUGAACAUUAAUGUUGCUGUGCAAACAGAUAAUGGAUUGUUUGUCCCCGUCAUCAGAGAUGCUGACAAGAAAGGCUUAUCCAAAAUUAGUGAAGAAGUCAAGGUUUUGGCUCAGAAAGCCAAGGAGAACAACUUAAAACCAGAAGACUAUGAGGGAGGCACAUUCACGGUAUCAAACUUAGGAGGGCCGUUUGGUGUUGAGCAAUUCUGUGCCAUUAUUAAUCCUCCUCAAGCAGGCAUUCUUGCAGUUGGUUCAGCUAAAAAAAGGGUAGUACCUGGUGCUGGUAUGGAUGAUUACGUUUUUGCUUCCUUCAUGGCUGUGACACUGAGCUGUGAUCAUCGUGUUAUUGAUGGUGCUAUUGGUGCAGAAUGGCUGAAAGCUUUUAAAGGCUUCAUCGAGAAUCCGGACACGAUGCUACUUUAGAGGAUUAUCAAGUUCUCUUGGAACCUUUCUAUUCUUUUCCUCCUUUAGGUACCUGCUAUCAAUCUAGACGAGGCGAACUGCACGUCAGCUAGAUUGUAUUGUGGUUUACUUCAAAUGCAUACGCGGGGUAGAAAGUACUUUAGAAUAAUAGGAUUUGAGCGUAAUGACUCAAUUUUGCCCUUGUAGAGAGUGUAAAGCCCCAAUUUCAGUUUCAGGAUUACGAAACCAACUUCAGCAGCAUUCUUUCUGCAUUUACAGUACAUUUUAAGAACUUGUCAAUCAGCUUUAUAAUUGUAGGCUCCUUGACAUGCAUGACUUGUAAAUUCUCUCUUGCAGACUAAGAAAUAAAAUCUUUCGUUACAGGGGGAUGUGCGUUUUGUCA